AUGGGUCAAACGCAGCCUUUCCUGUAUGACGCCCGGCGCGAGGAUUCGAGAUUCCCGACGACUACUUUCGACCCAAAAGCUGUCACUCGCGCCAGCUGGGAGCCCAAGCCGAAAAAGCCCACUCCAAAGGGACCCAUGGUGUCAUUUGAUCUUCAUCCCGACUACCAUGUAAUUCUACCACACCGGCGAGACAACUAUACCCCCUUGGAUCGCCGAACAAAGGCUUACAUCACAUGGUUGCGUCGAUUCCAACUCACGCUGCGAAUACUGCAGCUAAUCGCCGGCAUUGGCGUCCUGGUUCUCUUUUCUUUGUUUACGGGCGUGGACAACACCACAUCCUGGGCAAUGAGAAUUCUGCAAGCCGUAACAAUCGCUCACACUGCCUACGCCAUAUAUCACCUCUCACGAGACGCAGGAGGCAGAACACCAGCAUCCUCGGCCGCGUACCAGUUUUCUGCUAUAUUUGUGGACACGGGAUCCGUGGUUGGAUAUACACUAGGAGCCCUUACCGUGCACAAGAAUGCCGCUGCUUGGGGUAUUGUCCUCAGUAACAAGGAUAUUCUACCCGUUUUUACCCUGGCGGUGUUCUAUACGACGAUUGGGGCCGGCAGCACACACGUCCUCACGCUCUUUUCUUGUGCUUGGUUGGGAUGGAUGUUCCGCAAAAUCACCUUACUGCCGCCGGAUAUGAAUCCGCUCGAAGACAAUUUGACGGCUCGGCCUCUGCACAAGAGAAACAGGUCGUCUAUAUCCGCUGCAAACACCGCCUAUGAAACUGACAAGCCGUGGCUGGAAAGUCGGCGAAAUUCGACAAGCGUCUACGACGGUGUCCCAGAGAGAGUCUCUGUUUCGUUCAUGCACACGAGGACUGAAUCUCGCGAUUCUGGGAUAAGCAUGGGAUCUCGAGCCGGCAGUUCGCCUGAGCGCAAAAAGGCUCCGCUUAGAUACCUGCCACGCGCUUCGUAUCCAAAUUCCUAUGCUUCAGUUCCCUCACGCGAACCAGAGGCAAUGCCACCACGAGUCAGCGAGACACUUAGGAAUGUAGCUGCCGAGGCCAGGAGGCCAGCGUCUGGAUCAUCGCGAACAAAUCAGGCCGAACAACGUGCGACUAAUGCGGCGCGUUCCCAUCGCUCUGCGGGUUCCAAGUCGUAUGCCGCACUCUCUCAACCCUACAGCAUGGGCGGAAUAUCGUCUGAUUCAGAAUCCGAGCAAGAUGACACCUUGGGUGACAUCCUUCGAAAGAAGGGCCGGCUGGGCGUCACACACCCCAAGCCUCUAACAUCGAAUCCAAUUCUGCCGAGGCCUUUAAACACUCGCCGCGGCCAGAUAGACGAUGGAGCUCAGUACGACACCGUCUCCGACGAGUAUGAGGAGCCUCCCAGUUGGACGAGUCGCGAUAUUGCCGAUGACCGGCUGCAGCCGAAUGUCCAGUCUCAACGUUAUCGAGAUAGCUCCAUCCAGCUGGAUAGCCACUUCGAUACAAGACUGCCUGGUGGAGAUGAGGACAUGGCGGGCCCAGCAGCGCUCAGCGGUAGCCGCAAAGUUUCGUCCGGAAACGACUAUUGGCUGAGCCACUCAGCAGCUCAUGAGCGACGACGAGUGAGCGGGAAGAUGGCCGAAGAGGGCAGGGCAGAAAGAGGGAGUAGAUCGCUGCUAAGUCCCUAG